AUGAAGGUCUUGCUUUCCCUCCUUGGGCUUCUUGCCUUACUGUCCAUAGUUCCUCAAGCCAGAAGCCUCUUUCUUCAGGAAAGAUGUCCUUCAGGAUACUAUAACUGCAGAAUGAAGUGCAAUGUUAAUGAAUACGCAGUUAGAUACUGUGAUGACUGGACCAUCUGCUGCAGAGAGAAGAAAACAGUUAAGGCAAAAAAGAAGUGGUGA